CUGAAACCUAUCAGAGAGAGACUGACGGGCUGGCCCUCCAGACAUGGCAGGCCCUGGCUGUUCCUCCAGCCCCACCAACUGCCCAGCCAAGAAUUCUACUGUACUGAGCAUGUGUGGUGGGAGAGGGGGUACCACCCAACACUUCUUGAAGCACCCAGACAGUAAUGUUGGACCACGUCGCAUCCUCCAGGAGCGCCGAAGGACUUGCUGGACCAGACGGCCCGCCAUGCUGUCCCCUAGGGCUGUAUUGUUCUUCACCCUGCUCUUGACAACCAGUUCGCUGACCCAAAGGGCUCGAAAGCUCUCUGGAUCUGCCUCCCCCAUCAGCACCAUUCAGGCCCAGGCCAGUUUCAGUGCUCAGCAGUUCGCAGGGACAUGGCUGCUUGUGGCUGUGGGCUCUGCAUGCCGUUUUCUUCAGGAGCAGGGCCACCGGGCUGAGGCCACCACAUUGCACACGGCUCCUCAGGGUGCUGCCAUGGCUGUCAGCACCUUCCGAAAGCUAGACGGGAUCUGUUGGCAGGUACGCCAGCUCUUUGGAGAUACAGGGGUCCCUGGCCGCUUCUUGCUCCAAGCCCCAGGGGGCCGUGCGCCAGUGCAUGUGGUUGUUGCUGAGACUGACUACCAGAACUUUGCCAUCCUGUAUCUGGAGAAGGCAAGGAAGCUGUCUGUGAAACUGUACGUCCGCUCAUUGCCCGUGAGUGAUUCUGCCCUGGAUGUGUUUGAGCAGCGAGUCAGGGGAGCCAACCUAACAGAACACCAGAUCUUUUUCUUCCCCAAGUAUGGUUUCUGCAAGACCACGGACCAGUUCCACAUCCUGAACGAGGUCCCGAGAUGAGGCCAUCUGGAGGAGAAGCCGUGGACGGUGGACUGGCUCCCCAGAGUUCUGAGCACCCUGAACCUCGGAGUCUCUCCUGUCUGCCCCUAGGAUCAACCCCUUCAUACAUUUCUGUAUGAUGAAUGAAGCUGGGGCUUUUCAGUAAACAUCAGGCUUGGCCGUGGA